GUGGAUUUGAAUGACUAGCUACUCAAUUUGAUGUUAUGCAGUUUUUCGACACAGUUUGUGAUAGAGUUUCCUCUUUCAGUUCAAAUAUAUAUGAAACCUUCUAUGAUCUUAUUAACAAGUUCACUUUGUUUUACUCUGGAGUCCUUAUAAGUAUAAGAGAAGGUAUUUUGGCAGAAAUAUUCCCGAGCCUUCUUUUGUCGUAUAAUGCCACGGUCCUCCUCAUACUGACUCUAUUUUUGCUGGGUCUAUCAACAUUUUUACUACUACGGCACUUAAAGUCGCAUGUGCCUUUGCGUGUUAAAACCACUCAAGUUCCUCGGGGAUUUCGCCGAAGAGAUAAGAUCAGGUACCAUGCAAUCAGGUUCGGGCGCAAAUUCAGUGAAAUAACGGAGGAGUUAAAAAAGGUACAGACAAAGGAAGAACGGAGAACUACUAUCAUAAAUUUCGCGAGAAAAAUCUUCAAGUUGCAUGACAUCGAAAAGUCGCCGACGCUGGCCUAUGGUCGACUUCCUGAGUCGUUUUUUGAACCAGAUGAGGAAGAUGUCUCUUCAUUACCAGAAGAUCUCCGCUUGAUGAUAAGUUCGAUAAGGGUUUUUGGGCAACUGGAAAAAUCAUUUUUUAUAAGGUUUUGCAAAUUCAUUGAGACAAUAGAGCUGAAUAUAGGCGAGUAUCUGUUCCGUAUUGGAGAUGAAGAUAAAUAUGUGUAUGUUAUUCGUAGUGGUAGAAUCCAAAUCACUGUCACAGAACCGGAUGGAUCCAAGUGCAUCAUCGCUGAAGUUGGAAAAGGUGGGAGUGUUGAUAGUUUGCUAUCUGUUCUGAGUAUACUUACUGGUUAUCCUUCAACUUUUGAGUUCAUGGAAGCAGUCGCUUUGGAGCCCACAACUGUAUUAUGCUUACCGGCCCGAUCAUUUUUGGAAAUAUGCAAAACACAAACACCUCUUUUUCGCAUUAUUCAGAUGAUUGCAGUUAGACUUCAGCGUUUGAGCUUCAACGCGUUACACACUUAUCUUGGUUUAAGUUCGGAACUAAUUAAUAAGGACUUUUCCCCUAUAUCUGGUUCAUCUGAAGCUCAUGAAUUCCUAUGCAAGGUUUUUGAGAAGAGACCAUCAAUGAAAGACUUUAACGAGUUCGGUAAUAUUAGUUUAAAGUAUCCGGAUUUAGAUCUUACAUGUUCAAAAGUUAAAUUUUCCAUAUCGAAUGUCACAGAUGAUCAAAAGUCCAAAAAUUCUGAAUCAGAAUUAGAACAGGUUUUCACCUAUAAUGAUGAUCUGAAUUUAGAUUCAAUGUCUCAAUCUGGUGCACUUGAAUUAGGUGAAAGUCCUAUAUUUUACAAUCGGAAAACGGCAUCACCUAUAUUUUCACCUUCCCAACCACCUAGUCCAAAUUGUAAACAUCGUUCCACUAAUUUACGUCGGGCACGCUCUCUUGCAGAUACAUCUCGUAAACUUCAAUUAAACUAUGACGAUGUAAAUGAUGUGAUAAAAGACAUUGGUAAUAAAAAUAACAAAGGAGAACCUUGUGAUUUUGUUAAAGAUGUUAAUUUUACCAAAAGUGAAUUAGAAGAAAUGAUAAAAUUCGCUGAAAAAGAUUUAGCUAAUUUAUUAAAUUUAACCGAUACCAGUAUCCUGCAUGAACAUGUUUCACUUACCACUGUUUCAUCUGAUUUUAUACUUUCAAGAGAAUGUGAAAUGCAAUUAGAAAUGUAUUAUGUAAUAUUUGGAGAAUUGAGAGCUUUCCAAUCAACUAAUGAUGGACCUAAUAAUAAUUUAAUACAACUUCUUAUUCAAGUACAAGUUUCUAAACCUACCUUGCAGUCAUACUUUUCCAUUUUUAAGUUAGUAACCCUACCCGGCUUCCCAAGUAUAAUGGUCAUUACAAUGUUUAAAUGUGGACCGGGAAAAGCAGUUGGACUUUUGGGACUGAUAACCGGUGAACCAAAUAUUUAUGGCGUACAAGCUACGACAAAAACUAUUGUAGCUGUUUUAUCCCGUGAGACAUUUUACUCUGUAGUUCGUCAAUAUCCUAAGGCUUUGUUCAGUGUUACUCAUAUUAUUUCUUCUCAUUUAUCACCGUUAUUUCAUCAACUUGAUUUUGCCAUAGAAUGGUUGUCUGUUAAAUCAGGAAAGGCUUUAUAUAAGAAAGGAGAAAUCGCAAAUCAUGUAUAUGUUGUUUUAAGUGGUCGAUUAAGACAAGUCGACAAUAUGCCUGAUGGAGGUCAUCGUAUAGUCAGUGAGUUGGGGCGUGGUGAUCUCGUUGGUUUUCUUGAAGUCAUUAGUCAGCAAACACGAAUAUCUACAGUUAUGGCGAUUAGAGAUUCAGAAUUGGCUCAAAUUCCUUCACAUUUACUUCAUCAUCUUAAGAAUAAAUUUCCACAAGUUUUAACUCGUAUUAUUCAAUUAUUAUCGGAUAAAUUAUUGGGUAAUUUAACAACUAGUUCUAGUACGGCUAGUCAAUUGGGUAUGCCACUUCUACAUAUGACUAGUACAAAUUCUUUACUUACUGGUGGAUUAGGUUAUACAACUGGUGAGAAUUCCAAAUUGGAUGUUUUAUAUAGUCCAUUGAAUAGUGGUGUUAUGACUAAUCUACGUACAAUCGCUGUAUUACCUACUACAACUGACAUUAAUGCUGAGGCAUUCACUUUGGAAUUACAACAUUCUAUGAGUUCGAUGGGAUCAUCUGUUCGUCUUACUUCAGAUAUCGUACUGAAACGUUUAGGUUCAUGCGCAUUCGAUAGCGUUAGCCAGUAUAGACUUAGUACUUGGUUAAGUCAUCAAGAAGACUCACAUCGUAUUGUUUUCUUUGUUUGUGACUGUCAGCGAGUUUCAGCCUGGAAUCGUAUAUGCAUUCGUCAAGCUGAUUGCAUUUUGGUUUUAGCUUUGCAUUCUUCUGAUCCAGCGCGUCCCUCACCAAUAGAGAUGGCAUUAAAAAAUGACCCAACGAAGGUUGCCAAAGUGCUUAUCCUUAUGUAUCCUUUAGAUACAGAUUAUACAGAAUCCGGUAAAACUGCAGUAUGGUUAAAUGCUCGACCAUGGAUUAGUCAACAUUAUCAUAUACGUUGUGAACCUCGUGUGUUUAUACCUCGUUCAAAGUUGAAUCUCAUCAAUUUUUAUACUCAAGUAUUUGCUCGUGAAAAACCUAAUCCACUAUCUGAUUUCUCUCGUCUUGCUCGUUACAUAGUAGGUGAAGCUGUUGGUCUUGUUCUAGGCGGUGGAGGAGCAAGAGGCUGUUCACAUGUUGGACUGAUACGUGCUUUUCAAGAAGCUGGGAUUCCAAUUGAUUUAGUUGGUGGUACAAGUAUUGGCUCUUUUAUGGGUGCUUUAUGGGCUGAUGAAACUCGUGUUGCACAGUUUACUCAAAGAGCUAGAAAUUUCACUAACUGUUUCAAUUCUAUAUGGAAAAAAAUAAAAGACUUCACUUAUCCUGCAGUGUCGAUUUUUUCUGGUAAAGAACUUAAUCGUCAACUUCAAUCGACAUUUCAUGACCGUCAAAUUGAAGAUUUUUGGCUUCCUUUCUUUUGUGUAACAACAGAUAUAACAAAUUGUAAAAUGCGUAUUCAUACACAAGGAUCGUCUUGGAGAUAUGUACGUGCAAGCAUGUCAUUAUCUGGUUAUUUGCCACCAUUAUGUGAUCCUUACGAUGGAAGUUUAUUGUUGGAUGGUGGGUAUACUAACAAUCUACCAGCUGAUGUGAUGGUAUGUUUCGGUGCGAAAACGAUCUUUGCUAGUGAUGUUGGUGCUGCUGUAGAGACAGAGCUUACAAAUUAUGGUGAUCAUUUAUCUGGUUGGUAUUUGUUAUACAAUCGAUAUUUCAGAAUCGGCACUCCUGUACUACGUAUCCCAAGUCUAACAGAAAUUCAGGCUCGUCUAGCUUAUAUUUCUUGUGUACGACAAUUGGAAUAUAUAAAGGCCAGUGGUAUAUGUUUUUAUCUUCGACCACCGGUUGAUAAGUAUCUAACUCUUCAAUUCUCUGCGUUUGAUGAAAUAGCUAAUGUUGGCUAUGAUUACAUUAAAUAUAUACUUAAUACUUGGCACGAAGAAGGUCGUUUACAAAAUCUCAUACCAGGUGUGAAACUACAUAUUUCCUCUUUGACUGAAAUAUCUACAUGUGAGAUAGAUCCUUCAACUACUCAGUUAACUCCAGUUCAUUCAACAGCAACUCAUAACUGGUUAACUCAGAGUUUUAGUGAUCAGCCCACAUUCAUUGAUCUAGCUGAAUGUGUAGCUAAAACAUCCAAAGGUGUGAAUUCUUCAGGUUCUGAUAAGUACCAUAGAACAGAUGGCACCAAUGUACAAAAUUUCCCUCAGUUACCUGAUAUAGCUAGUAAAAUUACUAUAACUGAUAUUCCUACCUAUACCGAUCCUACUGUUUCCAGUGGUAGCAGUAUAACUGCUGUAAGGAAAUUUCCGAAAUCUACACACACUGUUGUUUCAGAUUCAACAUCACGAUAUUUUGAUACUGAUCACUGUUUACAGUCUGGAUCCAGUUCGAAAAUUUCAUCUUCAAAUGAACAACAUCGCAAGGAAGAACAAAAGCAUAUUUUCGACUUUUUGAAGAAUAAUCUGUCUUCCAAGAGUAGACGACGUUUUCUAAGUGAUUGUUACGAUUCAUCUUUAAAUGUCGGUAGCAGUUAUUCAUACCGAAAUUCAGGCGUCUUAUGUAAUGUAAAUCGUGCUUUAAUCCUAAACAAUUUGAUUAUAAGUGGUGUCCACCCUAAUCAUUUACGGAAAUAUAAAUCUGAUUAUGGUCUACAAGCGUAUGACAACAGUCAAACAGGGAAUUUAAUGAUGAAUAGUGAUCUCGACCCAGUAGUUAAUGCAUCUGAAAAAUCUGCACACGUUACUAAAUACAGUCUGUCUUCCUUUAGAUCUUUGGAAGAUGAUGGUUAUUUAGAAGAUGAUGAAAGUUCCACAGACUGUGCACAUUCUCCAGUUACAGCAUCUGAUCCCGAAUUAAGACAUGAUGUUUACCCCGAAUCCAGUAAUGCAGAAGACAGGGUUUUGCGCCAGAGAUCAUCUUCUAUCUAUGGACUUCCACAUUAUUUGUUACAUACAGAAGUGUCAAACAAGAGAUGUGAUUCACCGAAUUCUGAUAAUAAUGUGAAAAAUCCAUCCAUCAUAAAAGGUCAACAAGGAAGUAAUGAUGCGAAUGUGUUUAUGAACAACCCAUUGCUUAAGUUAGAUAUGACAUCUGUACGUAAUCGGACGAAGCCAAGUCGCAAAAGACAUCACCGUUCAUCAUUAGAUCGAUUACGGACUGAUCGUGAUCGAGGGGCAGCAAACUCGCUUGUUAACCUGCCAUAAUGACAAGUUAAAUGAUUACAUUGAAUUGAUAAAUAAUAUGUGCUUUUGUAUGUACAUAUUCGUAAAAUUGUGAUAUUUCAUUUAUCAAUUACGUCUACGUAUAUGAAGACAUCUUUGCUUUUAUAUUUUAUUUCUUCUUACUUACAAAUACUCACUCACUCAUUCACUUUCAUCCUAAAACAAGGAGAUUCUUUAAGCUAAUAUACAUAUAUAUUUCAUAAGUAAAGAGCAAAAUCACUUCACAUUUUCCCACGUGAUAAAUAUUUGAAAACAGAUGUUAUAUUUCAUGUUUACUAUAUACAUUACCUACAACGAUUUCAUUUUGAGUGUUCUUUUCUUCUACAUUUAGCUUAUGUAUGGUAUAACUGAGUUUAAAUUGUAUAUCAACCUGUAACAAUCGAAAUGCCAUUUUUAUUGAUGUGACUGUUUAUGUUUAGGCUAAUGUGAAGGGCGACUGAAAUGCUUUGACAAAAAUAAAGGCUGAACUAAGCGAAUAGGAGUAUAUGAGUUACACUAAUCUGUGAAAUGAAAUCAAUAUUAUCAGAGUAGGUUUAUUGUCACUACUGAUUAUUUUUGAACACACAGGAGGGUUUGGAUUUCCGUAUUGUUAAGAUUGUAGCAAAUCUAAUCAUUGGUUCUGGAUCAUUUUCAUGAAACAUCACAAAGUUAAUUUAAGACUAAUCCUACGACCUGCUUUAACUAUAUGUUUGACACUGCAGAUUGCUGUUUACCCUCCGAUCCUACUAGGUUAUCCCAUUUCAUAUAAAUCUAAUUAGCAUCAGAAGGUUAAAAUGCUUCAAGCACAGGUUAUUUCUCAUUUAAUACUUACUGAUCGAUAGGAAACAAUUAUGCUCUUGUUUGGGUGUAAUGUCAUAAACAGUAGAUGGUCCUACUAUUUCUAAUGUUUUUCAGAGACUUUAUAAACCUUUUCACCAUAAUUUUGAAGAAAAAAAGGCUUGUUCAAUGUAAUACAUGUUUAAGGAGAUUUUCAAGUACACUGCUCAGUAAAUUCUGUUUCUAUGGGUUUUUCCAAAAUACACGUGUCUAUUUUCCUC